AUGUUGAAAUUAUACCCACAUGAUUGUUGUUCACUAUCGAUUCAUACAUGUGUUGGGGAUUUAACUUCCAAGAAUUUGCAAAUGAAAGCCAUUGGAGAAGCUAAUAUCGGUAGCUUGUUGCAUAAAAUUAAACCACCACUACUCGAAAAUGAAGGUCUUGAGGAUUGUACACUUUCUCCGGACUCCAUACAAGAAGCCUUCCUGAAGACAACAACCACUCCUGGAAACGAAUCUAGAGGUGAUAGACUCAUCGUAACCACAACCGAGGCUGAUCCUCCGGUCAUUUGUGAUCCAAAGAAAGGCGGUGAGUUGUCGGAGGUGAAGGAGAUGAGGUUGUUACCACCGAUAGGGAGGAUAUUCCAGAUAAGGUAG